AUGGCGAAGGAGGGAUCGGAAAGUUCAGGAGCCGAACAAUCCCCGAAAGAAAUUUUCGACGAACGACGGAGGGAAGUGAAGGUGGCACGUACGCUGGUGACGGAAGCAUCCACGCGAGUUAGGGCAACCAUCGAAAAGGAGCCGACGCCGAAGACAUGCGCUGAGAUUCGCGCGGCGCGUGAUCAACUAUCGGGUCUCGGUAAACGCUUGGCAAAGGCCACCAGGAAAUUACUCGGAUCCCGAGAGGGCGAUCCAACAAGAUUCGAAAGGUGGAGAGAUGCCUUCGAUCUGCACGUGGAUUCGACGGACCAGCAUCGGUUGCAGAAGUUCCAUCUCCUACUCAAGACGAUCAACGAGAAGGUGACGAAGUGCAUCGCAAGUUUAGAGGUUUCCGAGAGCAACUACGAGAGCGCUAGAGAUACGAUCUACGACCUAUAUGGCGACAUUUGUAUGGCCGAAGAUCAGCACGUUGACAGUUUAAUGGAAGCUUGUAAUCGCAGAGACAUCCACUCAAGCAGGAGCUUCGUGGAUUUCGUUACUGAUGUCACUCAAAGCGUCCAGUCCUUGGUUGCACUUGGCAACACUUUAGAAGGUAUGUCAGCAUUUCCAGUUAGAAUCAUAUUGAAGGCUUUGCCAUACGAUCGGAAAAGGAGAUUCGACGACGCGUACGCUACGACGCUAGGGGGGAGCGAUCGAGAAUGUAGAUUGAAAGCGCUACUGGAUUUUCUCUACGCGGAACAGAAGCAGGUGGGACGACUCACUUUGGUAUACAGGUCGGCAUCUGAGCGCCAUGCUCAUCACACGGAAAGGAGGGACAAAUUCCAGAAACCAUCGGGGUAUAAGCCGUUCCAUGGGAGAUUCGGACAUCCAAAGUUCAACCCGGCAGGGGCUCCAGGCACCAUCGCCAACCAACACGCGUUCGCGGGUGUUACAGCUCCGCAUCGCGGAGACAAUAAUUCAUGCAUAUUCUGCGCAGGGAAUCAUAGGAGUACAAUGUGUCAGAAACAAAUGUCCGUGAGCGAGAGGAGGAAAUUCGUGUCGGCGAGGAAUGUCUGCUAUAAGUGUCUGGAUGGAGGACACCUAGUCGGGAACUGCAAGGCAAAGGGUUGCCAAAAAUGCAAGAUGUCACAUCAUAUGCUUUUGUGUCCCAAGCCGGGAGACAUAAAGACCACAGCGGUGGUAAGCGCGAAUGAUGAGGAUGCGGCGAGCGUCAAUUCAAUAAAGAUAGUUAACGUAUCCGGGACGAGACUCCCGACGGGUUAUGUCGAAAUUCUGUCGGACGAUCGUAAAACGGUGGGUAGAAUUGUCUUUGAAACCGGGUCCCAGAAGACACUGAUCACAAACAAAUUCGCGGACAAGCUUAAUGCCAAGCAAAUGGGCUCAGAGACAUUUUAUCUGCAUUCAGCAGGUCAGGCUGACCCCAAGAAAUGCGUGGGCAGGAUAGUCGAGGUAACGAUGAAGAGCCGGUUUUCCGAUGCUCAUAUGGUAAUUUACGCGACAGCACUCCCAAACGUGGUGGAAGGCAGAUUACCGGAGGCCGAUUUCGGAGGAGAACUAGCUCCGAUUGCGGACAAAAAUGAGGGGCAAUGGAACACCGACCUUGACAUCCUAGUAGGCGUCGAUUAA